UCUCAGUUUUGAGAAAGACUUAUUGUGAACAAACAUCGUACUAUUAAAUACAUAUAUACAUAUAUGUAUUUUUUGUUUGAGUAUAUAUUUUUUUAAAAUAAUUUAAGUACACGAUGAAAACAUACAUUUUUUUUUUAACUUUUUCCGCACUAUUUUUGGUGACAUUAUGUCAAGUCCCAUCGUAUAUUAAAAUUUGUGGACGUAAAGAUCCUCAAUUAAAUCAGUGUAUAAAAAGCAGCGUUGAGUCACUUCGUCAUAAACUUCGUACGGGAAUACCUGAAUUUGCUGUACCGCCAUUAGAAUAUUUGAACAUCGAAGAAGGAUUACCAUUAGCUAAUUCAAAUGAAAUAAAGGCAUCUGCGAAACAAGUCAAACUUUAUGGAUUACCUGAUUUUCAAAUAAAUAGUCUUAAAAUGAAUCUAGAAACUAAAACAAUUGAUUUAGAUGUGUAUUUCAAAAAUGUUCAAUUGGAAGGAGAUUAUGACGUCACUGCUAAAAUAAUUGUCCCAGUAACUGGAAAAGGGCCUAUAAAAAUAGAUGCUGAAAACGUCAGUGCUAAAGUGAUACUGAACUAUCGUUUAGUAAGUACCAAAAAAGGACAACGUAUGCACUUUACAUCAAUGACUUGUAAACUGAAAAUUGGAAGCUAUCAUUCUAAAUUCGUCGCCCGUGAAGGUCCAGAUGCAACAUUUUCGGAGGCUAUUAAUUCCGUUAUAAAUAAUAGCCAACAAGAAAUUUUAGAAGGAAUAAUUCCCAGUCUUGAAAGAUCUAUUUCUAAAAAAGUUCUUGAACUUUCUAAUAAAAUAACUAAAAAUUUCACUUACGAAGAACUAUUUCCUGAUCGAGAAUAAUAAUGAUAAAAUUAUUAUUUUUUAAUUAAAGUGAUAAAAUAAAAUCAUAUAACAUUUUUAAGUAUAACAAUAUAAUUAUUAAAUAUUUUGCUAGUAAUAGAUUAGAGCAAUGUGCUACUUUAAGAAACCAAAAUACUUAAAUUUUGAAAAUUAAAAAAAAAAUCCAUUGUAUUUAAAUAUAAAUUUAUACUUAAAAAAUAUUAAUAAAAAUUAAUUUUACUAGAAAUUAUUUAAAAAUAUUUUUAUUUUAUUUUGUUUUCUCUCACUAGUAUAUGGAGAAAAAAGUAUAGUAAAAAUUACAAUACUAUAGUAAAAUUUACUAACAGAUAUGAAAAAGUAAAUUCUGUAUUUUAAUUAUUACUAAACGAUAAAAUUAAAAGUUGGUGGGAUAGCAUAUGCAAAUAUGUAUUACAAGUUCUAGAACUUUUGUCUAAAGGAGACAUCGGGCCGUUAGACAUAGGAAAGGACUCGCCCGCGGGAGAUCAGGGUUCGAAUCUCGGUUGAAACAAGCUAUUUUUUAAAAAAUAAAAAUCGACGCCUACACCAAUACAGAUGACAUAAAUAACAAUAAUAAUAAAAAUGAUAGCAAUAAUAAUAAAAAGUUAAAAGCUAAUAAAAAAUUAAUUUAAUUUUUUUCCAUUGUAAUAUAGUAAAAUUUACUAAACGGGAUUGUAAAAUUUAAUAAAUAUAACUUAAAAUGAAUAUGCAAUAUAGGAGAUUUUCCA